AUGAUUCCCCAUUCCCUCAUAAUUGAGACCCUGAAUCAGAGAGGACUCGACACAUCCUUGGUUAAGCUGAUUAGGAAUGCAUACUCUGGUGCCUUCACCAGGGUACGAGCCAAAGGCGGGCUAUCCAAGCGCAUUGUGGUCAAGAGAGGAGUCAAACAAGGAGACCCUCUCUCCCCCACUCUAUUCAAUCUAUCCUUGGAUCCGCUCCUCUAUGCUCUGGACAAAGUCGGCCAGGGAAUUUGUGUUACGGAAGAACACAAGGUCACAGCAUUGGCGUAUGCUGAUGAUCUGAUAUUACUGAGCGACUCCUGGGAAGGCAUGGAGAGGAACCUUCAGAUCCUGGAUUCGUUCAGUACACAGACUGGGCUCGAUGUAAAUCCGGAAAAGUGCUCGGGUUUCUGGCUCUCCUUCGCAAAGAAAAAGCCAGUACUGAACUGUUGUCCCCGAUGGUCACUAGGAGGCGAGAAAGUACAGAUGCUGUCCGCCUCCGAUACAGUCAAAUACCUGGGAAUGGAAUUUUCCCCGCUUAGGGGCCUUCUGACCCCUGACCUCGUCCCAAUGAUCGAAGAGGCAAUCAUGAAGCUCGAUAAGGCCUCACUCAGACCAAGCCAAAAACUCCUGGCUCUAAGAACCUACGUAAUGCCAAAAGUGACAUACCAAGCCAACCUUUCUGAACUCAGUGCCGGCCACCUCAAGAAGCUUGAUGGCCUCGUACGUUCUAUACUGAAGAAGUGGUUGGGUCUUCCCACCUUUACAACCAACGGCAUCUUCUACAGUUCGUUCAAAGAUGGUGGCCUCAACGUGGCGAGAUUGGAAAAAGUUAUACCGGCCAUGCAGCUGAGGAGGGCUUCCAAGCUGCUGUGUUCCUCGGACCCACUGACCCACUCGGUUGCAGAGCUAAUGAACAUGGAGGCUAGGAUCAAGAAAUUGCAAAAAACAAUCGGGGGUGAAAUUGUCAAUUGCAAAGCGGACAAGGUUGCCCCAAGACUCCUCGCUUCCAAGAGAAUGAAACUGGAAGAACACAAGGCUUGGAUUAAGCUAAAGUGGCAGGGCAUGGGAGUGGAAUGCUUCCAAGGCGACGCGGUCUCAAACUCCUGGCUGAGAGAUCCCCUGACAUCAAGACUCAGCGAAUCGGAUUUCAUUAUGGCCCUAAGGUUGAGGUCUUCCACGGUGCCUUGCAUGGGGACUCCUUUGAACAGAGAUGGACCCAAGUCCUGUCGCCUUUGUGGGAAAGGCGAUGAGACGCUUAUACACAUUGUUAGCCUCUGCCCGGCCACCAAGAAACAAAGGAUGUCAAACCACAAUAACAUUUGCGACAUCCUAGCAACAAGGGCAAAGGAAAAAGGAUGGGUGGUCUUCAGGGAACGGCACCUUAGAUCACCAAAAUAUGGUUUGGCAGUCCCUGAUAUAAUUGCCAUCAAAGGAGAGUUGGCACUGAUCAUCGAUGUCGCCAUAUCCUUUGAAACGUCCCUCUCGACGUUGUCUUCGAUGGAAAAGAAGAAAAAGGCAAAGUACCUACCUUUCCGGAAUGCCCUCAUGGGCGAGGAAAAGAAAGUGAAGUCAGCUGAUACCAUGGGUUUCCCAAUGGGGGCCAGGGGGAAAUGGUAUAAAGGGAAUGAGACAUCCCUGGAGCGACUCGGAUUCACCCCCACGGAAACGAAAGGACUCGCCCGUUACCUCUACAAGGAACUGUCAAUACUUGCAAACUGUUUAACCGUUUGA